AUGUCGAAUUCGGCCGACAAAUUUGUAACGAGCAAUCCUGUAAUGGUUGGUCAUACAUUUUGGUUAAAGGAACGGAUCAACGAUGUCAUCUCGUUUGAAUUUCUUGGUCCCCUGUUCAUCAUACCCCCAAUUGUUCUCUGCGGAGCUUUGAGUUCGCUUGCCACUGUCCUUAUGGGCACGCUGGUCUUCCUGUUUGUUCUCAGUGCAUCUAUCUCUGUAAUUCUGACGGCACACCAGGGCCUGGUUUCUCCAGUGGAUCUUUUCUGUAGCCAAAUACCCAGUGGGCUUAAAGUUUUCUUAUCAAAAUCUACUCCUCUUUGUCGCUUUCAUAGUAGUCCGAGAUGUUUGUACGGGAUCAUGGUGGUUACUUCGCUACUCUGGUAUGUGACUCUGAUGGUGCCUGUGAAUAUUGAAGAGAAGCUAACUGUAAUGGAGAUUGUAUCCUACCACCUCCUUCUGUAUGUCGUCUAUAGGCUCUGGAGACAAUUGAAAUCGAAGCAUCAAGACAAUAUGUUGCAUUUCGACCUUGCGGUUCCCCUUGCCAAAAGUAGGUCAUCUCCCAACUUUUGGAAAUCGUCCGUCCACGAGGAGACUUUGACGGCAACCCCCGAUACGCCUCCUUUGACAAUACCUAUCAUUGCACCAUCUCGCCUUCGUUCGCCACUCAGUCAAUGUGUCGACUCACGAGACAUACCAUGGUUUAUGGGGCUGUUAUCUGUUCAUUUGUUCUACGCGGUGUACACGGCGAAUUUGGCUCUUACUUCUGUUUGCACGCCUCUCAUGUAUCUGGACUGGUUUAUCUUGCCGAACGACUGCUCCACUGUUUAUGCCACCUUACACGGCGAAUUUGUUACUUCUGUUUGCACGCCUCUCAUGUAUCUGGACUGCGCCGAAAGUUGCUGA